UGUAAUUUCCAAAGGUGAUCAUGUUUUUUUGAGAGUGUAAGAACACUUUCCUGAUUUGGAUACGAAAGAUCAAAUCUUUUUGGAGAUGCCCAUACACAUAUACAUCUCAUCUUCUCCCCUUUUCAACAUCAUCAUUUCAAUUAGGGUUUUUCAAUCUCCCCAAGAAACUGAAUCGAAUUGAAAGGUGUAAAGACAGCCAAAGGAAGAUCCCAAAACUAUACAUACAUACAUACAUACAUAUAUAUAUAUAUAUAUGAUAUAGGAGACAAAAGAACAGUUCAAACCUUGGUGUGUUGAUCUGCAGCUUCCCCUCAAAACCCACAACAAAUUAAACAUGUACAGUGAUCAAAAUCAGAAUGGAGGUUUGAUUCAGACAGAUCAACAGGACCAUGGCUUCCCCCAAUCCCACAAUAUCCCCAAUUCUAAUAACCCUAACCCUAACCCUAAUUUCGCCAUGGACGACGACCCUUCCUCCAAUUGCAACAACACCAACAACAACCCACUCGAAAUGGAGCUCCACCACCAGUUCAAUCUCGAAAUCGACCACUGCAACACCUACGCCGCCCCUAACGGCGGAGCCGCCGCCGCCGGAGGCACCAACAACGACAUUCAAGAACUCAUCGUCAACGACGCCAACACCUGGCAAGAAAUGGCCAACAAUUUCCAGCCCCUCGACUAUCCCCAAAACAACCCCCACUUCCUCCCCAACUCCGCCGCCGCCGCGCCGCCGUACCCCCCCACCACCCCCGAUCUCCUCACCAUGUUCCCCUUCCCCAGAUGCUCCUCCAUGACCCUUCCGAUCAACGUCAAUCCCGGCCCCCACAGACCCCCCAGCUUCCUGGCCUCCCUCGGCCUCCUCGGCGAGCUCAACGACGGCUCCUCCACCGUCGUCUACGACCCUUUGCUCCCCCUCAACCUCCCCCCCCAGCCCCCCCUUUUAAGAGAGCUUUUCCACUCCUUACCCCAUGGCGCCGGCGGCUACAACCUCGGAGGUCCACGAAACGGUGGCAAUAACAAUGGCCCUAAUUGUCUAUUCGGUGGAGUGGACGAGAUCAGAGAUAACGGCGUCUAUUCUAACGGAGAUGGAAGAGCCUUCGACAAUGGCGGUGGAAGCGUCGCCGUCGGAGGAGUGUUCGAAUUCACCGCCGGCGAAAUGGACAGCUUAGGUAAGAAUCGUGACAUUGGUAAGGACACCAAACAUUUCGCCACUGAAAGACAUCGAAGAGUCCUCUUGAACGACAAAUACAAAGCUCUGAGAAAUUUAGUUCCCAAUCCCACCAAGAAUGACAGGGCUUCGAUUGUCGGCGACGCGAUCGACUACAUAAACGAGCUAAAGAGGACUGUGACUGAGCUGAAAGUUCUUGUGGAGAAGAAGAGAUGUGCAAGAGAAAGGCUAAAGAGGCCGAAAACUGAAGACGAAUCGAUCGAGGGCGGUAAUAACAAUGAUUCAAAAUGUCUGGCUCACGAUGUCGACAAUUCUUACAACAAUUCCCCUCUCCGAAGCUCCUGGCUCCACCGGAAAUCGAAGAACACGGAGGUUGAUGUCAGGAUCAUCGACGACGAAGUCACUGUCAAGCUCGUCCAGCAAAAGAGGAUCAAUUGCUUGCUGUUCGUCUCCAAAGUUCUCGACGACUUUCAUCUCGAUCUCCACCACGUCGCCGGCGGACUCAUCGGAGAUUAUUACAGCUUCUUGCUCAAUUCCAAGAUUUGUGAAGGUUCGAUAGUGUAUGCAAGUGCAGUGGCGAAUAACCUCAUCGAAGUAGUGGAUAAACAGUAUGCAGCAAUUCUACCCACCAACAGCUACUGAAGUAAUCUUCCUU